UUAGCUUCAGCUGAAUUUUCUUCUUUCAUCUCAUGUAGAUGUAUGCUGGAGAUAGAUUUGAGAUUUUGAGUGCGUGAGCUUGGUGUCUCCUGGGGGUUGCAGUGAUGGGCGAUCUAAACCCUAGAAGUGGAAGAAGAAACCUGAGAUGUCCGCACUGUGCGGGCCCUCUAUCAAAGGAGACUGAAACCAGCGAUUGGACGGUUCCUCCGCUCAUCAGGGAUAGCUUUUCUAUGAUUGGGUCUGCUGUUGGUGGAACAACUAGUGCGUUCUAUGGAUUUAACCAUGUGAUGCCAAUUGUCCAGAGGUGGGUCAAAGGACCUAUGUGGUUGCAUUUUCUCAUUGGUACUCCACCUGUAAUAGUCUUCUCUUCAGCUUGUGCAGGCUUGGCAGGUGGUGCUGUUCCAGCGCUUGCUCAACUUGCUUCUUCAUCGUAUCAUGCGGCAGCUUCACGUCAAUCAUUGCCAUCACCAUCCUCGCAGGAUGACCAAAUUCACGAGUCCAGAACUUCCUCAGCACUGUAAUUUCUUGCUCUCAGCAAGAGCACUUUUUGGCAAUGUUACUAUGGUUGUGGUUGUGGUUGUGUGCGUGUGUUGAUUGCUUCCAGAAGUUGCCUUAGAAAUGCAUGGCUUUGCUGGCUUCAGAGGCAAGGCUUUUAUUGUAGGCCACGGAGUGGGGAAUUCUUCUUUCGAAUGCUACAUAUAGACACCCACACCCACACGUACACGUAUAUAUCUUGUUGAUGAACAUUGUUUAUUCUUUUUUGAUGCAGAAAUUUUGAUCAUUUCUCUAUUUUGACUUCCACCUUCCCGAUCCGAUGAAGUUCUAUUCAGUUAGACCGUUGUUAGGGCCGGACAGGAGGAGAAAAUCAGUGAUAAGUCCAUUCUAAAACUACCUCCUACCCUUGCCCUACCUCUGUACUAAUACUCACAUGUCCCAUUCUCCUCACCAAUUUGGCUCAACGCCGCGCGCGGUGUCUUGAAUUUUUGCAAAAUAAUUGUUUUGAGGGAUAUAUUUAAGAAUUUUGUAAAAUACCUUGAAAAUGUUCUUGCAAAUAUCAUUUGAAAUAUAAAGAAAAACUCCUUUAUAAUAACUAAGACAGUGAUUUAACUGACUCACAGGCAUAGGUUAAUUGGCAGAUAAGUUAUAUAUUGAGUUAGUAUUAGUAAGUCACCAAUUCAAUACUUGACUUAGACAAGGGUCAAAUGCACUUUUGUAAUUUAUCUCUUCUAUUGAAAUUGAGAACAUGAACGGUGAAGAAUUACGUAAGAGUGAUAAUUUUAAGAGAGUAAUUUAAUUGAUUGUAAAUGUUGAAUGAUUGAAAGGAAUUUGUCAAAUGGUUUAAGGAUGUAAAAUGAUAUUUUUUUUUUGCAUAGAAUAUGUGGCAAUUAAAAAUAUUCACUUAAGAGCUGCAUUUGUGGUACUAGUUUUGGAAUUUUCUUUCUUUUUUUUUUAAUUAUUUCAGUAAAUCAGUUUAAAGAUAAGAACAGCAUAUUUAAGUGUUGGAGAAUAUCAGUUUUAAGAACAACAAAAUAAUAUUUUGUCUCAAUUUAAAAAAUUAUAAACAUAUUUCUUUCCGUAAAUUUAGAUUUUAGAACAACAUAAAGGAAAACACAACCCUAUAACCAAACAAACCGAGCUGUUGUUUCGCUAUAAAAGGCGAGGGAAGAAUAGGUUUAGGGCACACAUUACUUGAUCUUAUCAGAGCGUCGCUUUUCUGGGGUUUCGGGGAAGAAGGGUCCGCGGCGGUGGCCGAGGAGCGGCGGCGGAGCAGUUACCCGGCCUUACGGGCCGCUGGCGGCGCUCUGCUGCCUGCCUCUUCACCCCCCCAACUCUAACCCGACCCGAUCUCGCAGAAAAGCAAUGCGAUGAAGACAGCCCGCUGUCGGAGUCCACGCCUUGUUAUCUUUUAGCCAAGGGGACGAUGAUGGCCGCGCGGGCUUCCCAAACAAUUCAGUCUAUUCAGAUUAUAUUCAUGUUUAUUAUAUUGUUUAUUUCAUCGUUCUGAUAGCUUUUUUUUUUUUUUUUCUUUUUUAUCCUAUAUUAACUUUUUUAAUUAUUGUUUAACUAAUAUUCUUAGUUAUCACUUGUGAAUGUGUUUAUGCUCAAUGAUUUAAACUGAAAGUAUGAAUCUUUGCUGCCUGAACUCUGAACCACAGUACGCUCCUAUCUUCUGCGUAAUGGUGAAUCGCUACAUUUUUUUGAGUCAGUAACCAUUUUGCCGGAAUCAGGUGCUAGUUCAAUUUGGCAAAUCCCGCAAUGAGUUGAUUGAGCUAUGCGUUGAGCUGAGGUCAGACUCUCACAUUGACUUCUACGAAUCCUCAUUACUAUUGCCUUUAUAUUGGAUAUGUGAAAUGUUGUAAUACUUGCAUCUGCCAUAUUUUGUAGGAACCACAGUUAGUGUAAUAUUCAAUCAGGAUAGAGUUGAAAUCCAUAAUUUGGACUCUAGGGUUUGACAAUGCAAAAGUUCUUAUAGUACAAAGAAUCAAGUAUAUGAAGGACUAAGAGUCAUGUUUUGUACGUUGUUGGAUCGUUUUGAUCUCGGUUGUUAGUUGAGGAGGUGGAUUAAAACCCUCUCCUCCCUUGUAAGCAUCUUUCUUCUUGUUAGUAAAGUGAUAGUUUGAGAACUUCUGUCUUUAACAAAAUGUCUUGAUGGUUACCCACUAGAAGAGCCUAGCCAACUUUUAACAACCUUGGUAUGAGGCUAUGGCUUUUUUUUUUUUUUUUUAAUACUGAAAACAGUAUUAUUUGCUAAACAGUCGGCUUUCUAUCAUGUUGCUUAGGGGUACAUGAUAAGGUAUAUUUAUUAGAGCAACUCCAAGGGGGAGUGUCAUUUGGGGUGCUAGCUCCAUAACUAUCGAUAACUGCUGAAAUAACACCCUAAAUUUAAAAUUUUUGACUCCAACGGAGGUGGCAUCCAGGGUUACAAAAUGGAAGCAAUGUUCUUGGGGUGCCAAUUUUUCUAACUCUGGAGAGAGAAAAGGGAGAGGUGCCAUUGAACUGUUUUGUCAUUUUUUUGAUUCUACUAUUUCAACGGUUACAAUUCAACGGCUCUAUUUCAACCAAAAAGUUAUAUUUAUAGAACUUUUUGCAACCCUAGAUGCCAUUUUGCAACCCUAGAUGCCACUCUCAUUGGAGUGAAAAAUUUUGAAUUUGGGGUACCAUUUCGGCAGUUAUGGAGUUGACACCCUGGAUUACUCUCCCCCUUGGAGUUGCUCUCAAGAUAAGCUGUAUUUAUUUAUCAUAAUAGAUGCACCUUACCCUAUGCUCUUAGGGCACAAUAUAGAAAAAUCUCUUGUGCCCUAAGGGCAUUUGAUGUGAAAACUCAAAUAAGUACUAAAAUAUUAUCCAAACUAAAAGAACAAUGAUACUUUUAUUGAAAUGGGAGAUUGAAUUAGUGGGUUGAGGCAUUAGAAUCUCUUUUGUCCAUGCAUUGGAUUUUGAGCCAUGCAUGGGAUUGGCAUGGCUUAGAAUUCCAUGCAUGGGUAAGGGAAACUUUUCAAUGUCUCAUCCAACUCAUUUGCGGCCUAUUUCACCUAUGAAAUUAUUAUUAUAACAAAGAUAUUUAUUGAUGAAUAAUGAUAUUUUUAACAAAAUGGCAAUCUAAUUUCAUAGGUUGACUGGGCAAAUUCUCUAAAAUAGCCCUGUUUUGGUUUUAACGAUUACAUUGAUUGUUAAAAUCAAAGUAGGGGUAUUUUAGGCAGUUUUGACCACUCAACCAAUGAAUUUGACUUGCCUUUACAUGAUAAAUAUCAUUGUCAUUUAUUUAUCUAACACCUUGCUACCUUCCAGUGAGGCUAGAUUCAACAUAGAAUUGCUUGUUCUAUGUUGACUUUGGAAACCUUGGAUGAGCUGUUAACCAAUAGUUCUACAAAGCCACAAGUUUUGUGUUGGGGAGUUGCAAAAUUCUAAGCAUCUAACACUCAACAGUUAAAAGGUGUUACACUCUUAAGUUACUUGCAAAAUGUAGCACUUAAAAUUUGUUAGGUAACAAUUGUUUAAAUUUUUGAAUAAAUACAAUUGGGAUGUGGGUUUUUUAUUCAUAGGCAUUGGCCUAUUGUAAAUGCUAGCAAAAUUUUUUCAUGGGACAAAUCUUGACCUUUUUGAAAGCCACUUGCAAUUUCUCCCACACCAAAGUUUUAUAAGCUUUAACAAGGGGCUAAUGCCUAUAAAUAAGAAGGACCUUCUUAAAUUGUACUCAUUUAAGAAUUUAAGUACUUGUCAUUUAAAAAAUUCCAAGUGUUGGAUUUAUAAAUGGAGUGUUUGUAGGGAACAUUUAGAAUUUUUUAAGUGUUACUGUUGAAUGCAAAAUUUCUUUUUGAACCAAUGGUUACAGAGAAUUGCUGGUUGAACUAUUUCAACGUCUGUAAAUUACAGCUGAGUAAAUUGGGAACUUUAAGAAACUAUGCUUAGAAUAGAUGAAGGUGGAUGCUUUGAUGGUUUAUCAAAGAUUUUCAGUUUCAAGUGAUAAUGGAAUAUCAACUCAAUUGUACCAGACAGGUAGUUUUUUCAAAUUUUAGGCUUAUUUACAAAAAAAAUUGCAAAUUACAAUUGUGACCAAAGUUAUUAUCAAACAUAGCUCCAUCAUAUCAAUCACGUUCCAUUCUUUAAAACAGCAAUAAAAUGUUAGAAAGAUAUGGUUUUAGUCAAAAGGGACAUAAUUGCUAAUGUGGUUUUAAAAAGAAACUACAAAGGCAAUUUCUGCUUUAAUCCAAACAUCAGCUUGGCAGUGUUUAUGCCUAAACCGUAUAAACUGUUGUGAUUUUGCUUUAAGGUGUGGAAUAUUCACCAUCUCUAGACCACAUUAGGGGUUGAGUUAAAAAAUGAGACCUGUUCUGACUGAGAGUUUCAGUUUGAUUUUAGAGAUUACAUUUAGAAUAGAUUUUAUCUUGUUAUCUUAUCAUUUAUAUUUUGUGGGCAAGUUUAUGUUUCCAUUUUUAUUUUCAUUAGAUGAUUAUAGUUUUGAUAGGAUUUUUUAAUCAUUUUAUAGUUAGGAUUAGAUUUUGCCUAUGAAUAGGCUCAUGAUGUAUUUAGAAAAUACAUGCUUUGAUGAUUGAAUAUAUGUGAUACUGUCUCUCUCUCUCUGCUUUACUUUUUCUUCUUUUUCUCAUGCUUCUCCUUCUCUUCUUCCUCUCCUACUUUCUUCAAAUCUCUCUACUUAUUUCACAUUAGAUUUAAUAUUAGAGUAAUCUUUUUGAUUGUUCCACAUCAAAUUGGUAUCGAGGAAAAAUUCAAUUGUGAGUUCUUUCAUCAUCCAGACCAUCCAUUAGUUUUUACCUGUUACUGCAAAUUCAUGAUAAACCUUAUCAUGUCAUAUUGAGGAUGAUGACAAAGAUGAAUGUUGUGAUAAGGUUUACUAUGGAUCAAUUUUUGCAAUCCACAAAAACCCAAUAUGAACUGAAUUUGCUGUAAGAGUGCCUCAAAAUGUGAGAACUUAUGGAUGCUGGGGUUGAUAGAAAACUCAGAAUUAAAUUUUGCUCUAAUACCAAUUUGAUAUGAAGUAUUCAAUUUUUUUUUUUUCCAUUAUUAAAUUUGAUGUGGAACAAUACUAGAAUUUGAAGAAGAAAGAGAAGAAAGUAGGGAAGAAAGAGAAGGAGAAGCUUGAGAAGCAAAGCCCACAGAGAGAAUAAUCAGGAAAGAAAUAUCAUUUGUAUUCAAUAAUCAGAAAUGUGAAUUUUCUGAAUAUAUAAUGUGCCUAUGUACGAGUCUUAUCAUAACUAUAACAUGAUUAUGAUCUUGUAAUAACAAUGAUCAUCUAACCAAAAUAAAAAUGGAAAGGUUGUCUUGCCUAAAAUAUAAAAAUAUAAAACAUUAUCUAAAUAACAUUUCUAAGUUGAUAGGAUGGCUCAAAAUGCAAUUGUCAGGUGGUGUUAGGUGUUAAUUCUAAUGCUAUGCUUGACAAUGACUGAAUUGAGUGACUGCCCCCAAAUUAGGGUGAGCUUGACAUCAUAAGGAAUCAGCCCUGUCAAACUUUCAAGUAGAAACUGGAUUUUUUAACAGGUAGAUCCAUCUUAUCUUUAAUUUCACUUCGUCUGAGUUUCAGAUACCAAAUUCUACCUUGAGCUACCCGCAUUUCUUUGUAUUGGUCCAAAGAGCUGUAGUGUUAUUCUAUUGGAUUAUUAACUGAUGGCGAUGAGAUUUUGGAAAUUUAUUGAAUUCGUUCCUUGCUCAUGAAUCUGUAGUUUGUGCGUGGAAUGACUGAAUCUCUCUUACCAAAGCUGGAUCAUUUUUCUGUAAGCCUUCCUGACUGUUGAGAUAUUGAAGCUUUUCUUUCAAUCUUAAAUUGUUAUAUGACUAAGUUAUUUUGACGACUUAUUUCUAUUAUAUGCAUUUUAGCAAGUUGAGACAUAAUCUUUUGUUGUAAAUUAGAAGAAAGUUUACAAUGCUGAAGCUUCCUUAACAAUCUCCCUGAGAAACGACACAUGGCAAACAAUACUGGAUUAUUGCCCAAGUUUGCUAGAGCUCUGGCCGAGACCUCCACACCAGCAACCAUUUGAUGGCGUGAGGUGUGAGCAAAGGUGGCUGUUAAUACAGAGCCGAAUGACAAUGCUAUUUAAAGUACAAACCAGUCAAUCAGGUCUAUGUGGAUAAAAAGGCCCAUCUUGAUGAGAUCAUUGCUAUACUGCAGUUCUAAAACGUCAUGACAAGUGCUGCUACCUACUGAAGCUGAACUGGGAUGGGGAGAAUGAAUCAAGUGAUGGUUAAGAGUUAAGAGGGAAUCAGAACUGGCUGCCAGUGAAGGUUUGGCCAAAAGCCCAGUUCAGAGGAGCAACGUUGAUGGGAGGUGAGAGAGCGACCGUCACUGGUGGUGACCCGGAAAGAGAGGGCUUGGCCGUUUAGGUAAGAGUUGCUCUGCCAGUUUUGGCCCCAGUUGCGGGACAUUGGUUGCCAGCCGGUUGUUUUAGAGCCUUUGACGGAGGCAGAAACCACGUCUCCAGCCCCACGAAGAUUGGUUAUCAGCACUAGGUUGAAAUACGAAUGCCCAUUAAUUGUAAAUCUGAUCCCUCCUCCUCCUGCAUGUAACCCUGAAAAACACAUCCCAAACACAAUUUUUAGUUUCUCUUUGCUUUUCGUGUUAUUACCCUGAAUGACGACAAUGCUGCUACUAUACUGAGAAUUUAGGCAGCCCAAGGGGAGAUGAUUUUCUGAGGCUACCAUAGUCAUAUCCAGUUAAAUUUAUCUGCA